UUGCUUCCCAGGCUCCUCUCUGCAUUCUCCCCAUUUCCCCAACAACAUGCAUCCUGCCAGAUUACUCAGCUCCUGCUGCCUCCUCCUGCUGCUCGGGGCCUUGCCUGGAUGGGCAACCAGUGAUGACCCUAUUGAGAAGGUCAUUGAAGGGAUCAACCAAGGGCUGAGCAAGGCAGAGAAAGAGGUUGGCAAGGCCCUGGAAGGCAUCAAUAAUGGAAUCACUCAAGCUGGAAGGGAAGUGGAGAAAGUUGUCAAUGGACUUAGCAACAUGGGGAGCCAUGCCGGCAAGGAGAUGGAACAGGGGAUCAACCACGGCUUGGACAAGGUAGCCCAUGGGAUCAACAAUGGCAUCGGACAAGCAGGAAAGGAAUCAGGAAAUAUUGUCCAUGGGGUCAACCACGCAGCUGGACAGGCCGGAAAGGAGGCGAACAAAAUGGCCCAAGGGGUCCAUGCUGGGGUCAACCAGGCCAGGAAGGAGGCAGAGAAAUAUGACCAAGCGGUCAACUACGCUGCGGGUCAGGCCGGAAAGGAGGCGGAGAAACUUGGCCAAGGUGUCCACCAUGCUGCUGGUCAGGCCGGGAAGGAUAUGGACAGGUUGCAGCAGGAUGUUCAUAAUGGGGUCAACCAAGCCAGCAAGGAGGCCAACCGGCUGCUGAAUGGCUCUCCACACAGCGGGCAUACCGGCCAGCACGGAGGAACCGCAACCACCACGGUAACAUCUGGAGCCUCGGUCAUCAAGCCUUUCAUCAACUUUUUGAGUCUGUGGAGAAGCAUCACCAACAUCAUGCCCUGAACUGAUGGCCUGGCACACUAACGUUCCUGUUGUCACACCCGCCGAAAUGCCCUGAGGAGCUGGGGGUGGGGGAGAGGUUCCUGGAGUCCCUUAAGGAGGCUGUACUGAGAUUUGUGAAUAAAUGUGACCUGCUGUCUCCUCUCA